ACGUAAAGACCACAGUCAUGCCUGAAUGAGGCGUUAACAAAAGUUAUGCGGCCCAGUUCGACCAAUCACCUUUAACUCCAUUGCUGAAGAGUUGUCUACAUGGGUGGACUCUUUCCACUCAAGACCCAAGUUGUGAAGAGCUGACAACUUUAAAGAUGAUGGCACUGAGUCUGAUAUUUCCACUUCUCGUAGAGAUGGUUCAUGGAGUAACUCGGACUGAAUCCUCAUCCAUCAGUCAGAAGAAUGGUCUCAUGUCAGCCAACGUUGGAGACACAGUGGUUUUGGUCUGCUUCAACGAAGGCGAUGUGGGAGUAAUGUUCUCCUGGUACAAGCAAACUUUUGAAAAUAUUCCUCAGCUCAUCUCAACCCUCUAUAAGUUGGACAAUAAUGCAGAAUUUUACCAGGAGUUUAAGAGUAACACUCGCUUCUCAGUGGAAGGUGGCCAAGGGAAAAAUAACCUAAUGAUAGCAGAUGUGGAACUCUCUGAUUCAGGCACAUACUACUGUGGAAGUUCUUAUGGAAACAAUUUGGAAUUUGGAAAAGGAGUCAUUCUCAUCAUAAAAGGAUCAGAUUCCAGAAAUAUUACUAUACUUCAGCAGCCUGUGUCUGAGUCAGUCCAGCCAGGAGACUCUGUGACUCUGAACUGUACAAUACACACUGAGACAUGUGCAGGAAAACACAGUGUCUAUUGGUUCAGACAUGGCUCAGGAGAAUCCCAUCCAGGAAUCAUUUACACCAAUGGAGACAGGAAUGAUCAGUGUGAGAAGAGCUCUGAGGCUGGGUCUCCUACACAGAGCUGUGUCUACAACCUCCCCAAGAGGAACCUCAGGCUCUCUGAUGCUGGGAUUUACUACUGCGCUGUGGCCUCAUGUGGGGAAAUACUGUUUGGGAACGGGACCAAGCUGGAUGUUGAAGAAUCAACUGUUAGAUCACCAACCCCACUAGUCAAUCAGCACCAAGAGAGGGACGUGUUGAACUAUGCUGCUGUGAGUUUAAACCCCAACAAGAACCCCAGAAGAGCAAGAGAGAAGACCAGCAGUGAGGAUGCAGUGUACUCUGAGAUCAGAUACAUUCAGUAGGAGUGAUAUCACCACUGUCACAAAGACUCCAAGUAGAACCAUUUAUGAUUAGUAGCCAAAUAAAACUGCUUUUAGUAAGUGAAAUUAGUAUGGAAUUUAGAAUGCAAAAAAUAAACUAUAAUUUUAGCUAAGUCUUUAUGUUAGAUUUAUAUGAUGAUCAUGUAAUGCCUAAAAUGUUGAAACCUUUUAACUGUUCUUUUAAUUGAUAGAAAUUAUCUGAUAGGUGAUCCAUUGUUUGCAGUAUGAUUGUGUAUUUAACAUAAUAAACUAUAAUUUUUUUCUCUCC